AUGACUUGCAGCCCCCGAAAGAAGAAGUGCACGCUCCCCUGGUGGUUCCAGAUCAUCGCCUGGCUCCUCGUCGUCGCCUGCAUCGGGGUGAGCGUCUUCUUCCUCUGGGCCUAUGGGAUCACGUUCGGCAACGACAAGACAACCAAGUGGGUCACCUCACUCGUCACCUCCUUCUUCUCCUCCAUCCUCCUCGUCCAGCCAAUCAAGGUGUUCUUGAUGGCGAUCUUCUUGAGUGUGGUUUGCAAGGCGGAACCGGACGAUGACGACGCCGACGAGGACGAGGAAGAUCCCAGUCUCCGAUACGACGAACAGUGGAUCCACGAAACCGAUGGAAACCGGUGGAAGGACAAAAAGUUGGGCUAUCGCCCGAUGAACCGGGCGGCGUUGGAGGCAGCCAGAGAGAAGAGGAUGAGGGAGGUGAAGAUGUGGGACGUGAUGAAAGAAAUCGCCUCCUACGUCUUGUACCUCUGGGUACUUCUGGUCCAGGACACCGACAAGUUCUGGCAGUGGGUCCACGGGGUCGUGAUGGACGAGGUACGGGCCCAGAACUGGUACAACGGGGAUGCCCCCUGGGGCCUCAGGGGAUUCAUGAACGACCGGGUGAACCGCAUCCUCGGCUACCCGAUCAUGAGGCAGAUCAGGGUCGUCAACGAUUCUUGCACGCUUCCUUGGCAGGCGAGGAACUUUACUCACUGUGCGGGGCUGUCCAACGUGAUUCACGAAGAACGUCGAGAUUUCUGCGUUUUUUGGAAACUACGCAGCGAAGUUGCAGACCCGAUCACCAACUGCUCUUGGGAUGAAUUCAAGUUCAACACGGCGGAAGACCUGCAGGGCCUGCCGAUCGUGGGGAUGCUGGACGUCUACAGCGGCGGGGGGUACGUCAUCCGGCUCAAGGGACGGGAGUCGGAGAUCCGGGAUAGGCUGCAGCAGUUGCAGCAUUUGGAGUGGUUCGAUGCCCACACGAGGGCCGUCAUGCUCGAAAUAUACACCUAUAAUGCUCAGGUAAACCUGUUCGGAGUGUUGAGAGUGAUGGCGGAGAUGCUCCCCGGCGGGGGCCUGAAGCCGAGCUGGCGCUUCGACGGCAUCCGACUGCUCCAGUAUCACACGGGAUUCGGUCUCUUCGUCCUCGUCUGCGAGAUCCUCUACGUCAUCUUCGCGCUCUACUUCACCUACCGGGCCUUCAGGGCCUGCUGCAAGAGCACGCGCGCCUACCUGCGGAGUUACUGGAGCUACGCGGAGAUGGGGACGGUGCUGGUGGCGUGGACCGCCGUGGGGCUCUACCUCUACCGGGUCUUCCUCACGAAGGACGUCCUCCAGCGGGUGCAGGAUACGUACGGGAACGAGUACAUUCGGCUUCAGUAUGUCGCGCUCGUGGAUGAGAUUCUUGGCUACUUGAUCGCUGCUCUCACCUUCGUCGGGACCAUCAUGUUUCUCAAGUUGCUGCGAUUCAACAAGCGGAUCGGCGUUCUCUCGUCCACGAUGAAGCAAUGCUGGGACGACCUCAUCGGCUACGCCAUCGUAUUCUACGGCGUCUUCAUCGCCUUCUGCCUCAUGUUCUAUCUCUUCUUCUUCCGGGAACUGGAAGAAUGGCGCAACUUCGUCACGGCCUUCGAGACCUGCUCGUCCAUGAUGCUGGGGAAAUUCCAGUUCGAUUCCAUGAAGAAUACGAACGUGGUGGCGGCCAUCUUCUUCUUCUUCUUCGCCAUCAUCAUGAGCAUCAUCAUGCUCAACCUGCUGCUCACGAUCAUCAUCAGGGCCUUCGAGGCCGUGAAGCGGGACGUCGCGAAGCAGUCCAACGAAUACGAGAUCCUGGAUUUCAUCUGGGGGAGAUUCCGAACGUUCAUCGGGAUGCCGUUGCACGGGGGGAGCGCGGUGGCGCCGGAGGGACGAGGGGGAGCGGGAGGAGCGGAGAUGGCGAAGGAGGAUCCGGGGGCGGCACAGUUUCCGAUCAAGGUGGAUCGGAUGCUGGAGUACAUCAAUAGGAUCUACUUCGAUGGGAGUCUGGAUCUGGAUUCGAAGGAGGGGCUGAAGAAGAAGUCGAGGAAUAUCAGCGGACGGAAUACCGGUCACAUUCGGGAAUGA